UUAAGAGGAUGAUAAAUGCACAUUGUCAUAGUUUACGCAUAUGACUACAGUUCGACAGAGAAGAUGGAAACUACAACAGUAAAGCUUGGGACACAGGAAGUAAAGUUUCCGAGUGAAAAACUCCAAGUGUUAGAAUCCUGCAACCAUCUACUGGGUGACCGAGACGCCCUCUGGAAAGAACUAGAUGAAAAAGGGUAUUUGUACGUGAAAGGUCUACAUGAUAGAAAUGAAGUUUUAGAAGCUAGACUUGCUGUUCUCCAACACAUACUGGCAAAUGGAGAAGAUAAACUCGAUUUAACAGAGAAUUGGGAGAAGGGCGUGCUUGAUUUACGCUGUGGAGGGGGAUGCUUACCUUAUAUGGAGGGAAGAAACGACAUAACUCACUCAGAAGCCGUAUCAAAGGUUUUGGAGGGACCAAGACCAUUUGCGUUUUUUAAGACUUUGUUUGGAGAGGAUGUACGAACGUUUGAUUACAAAUGGCUUAGAGCCGUGCACCGACAAGUGUUUACGGGAGCGCACGUAGAUAACGUGUACAUGGCACGUGGUACACAAAGACUUCUUACCAUGUGGACACCAUUUGGUGACGUCGAUCCCACCAUAGGUUGUCUUGCUGUUUGUGAGGGAUCGAAUAGAUUGCCUGGAUUUGAGAAAUUACAUAGCACAUACAGUCAAAUUGAUGUUGAAGACAUAAAUCUAAAUG